AAUCAAUUUAAGCAAAUCAAAACUCAGAAGAUAACAACCUUUAAAACAUCUCUCAUUUUCGAUUCGGUUUCCGUAAGAAACAGAAAACAAUGAGCCUGAACUGCCUCGCUUGCCACAUCUUGCAAAGAACAGACUCGGACAGAGAAAUAGGAAGCCUUAAAGAUUCAAACUUCAAAGAAAAUUUCGCAACUUCAAGGUAUGACAAGAUGGUAAGGAACAGAUCAUCGCUGCCAGUAGUAAGACGGGUCAAUAAGGGUCAUCGCAGGCUUUACAGUGCGGAGAUCAUGGUCUAUGGGGAACUGGACGAGCCCAAGCUGGUCAGAAGCAGUGGGAUCAGAAGGGAUUGGAGCUUUGAGGAUCUAAAGAAACAUAAAGAUCAGCUAAGAAUUGAAGAGACAAUAAAGGAAUAAGACAGAUCAUCCUUUUGCUAGGUUUCUUCUAAUGUUCUUGUUCUUGACCUGUUAACCUGUUCUGUUGUUUUUGAUAAGUUUACGGAUUUUCUGUGAUCCGACAUGAUUAAAUCUGUGAAAGUUCA